AUGGCAAUCUGGGUUCCUCUCUUCCUCCUGGCUUGUAUCACACAAUUGAGCCAGUCAUCAAGAACAAACCUCUACGAUGGUGUAAGAGACGAUGAUCAGUGGCUGCUGCAGCAGAAGCAACAACAACGAUGCUCCAACAUCUCCGACUGCAAAUAUUUCGUGUAUUCAUCUGCACAGGGGAGGAGCAGCAGCUGCCGCUAUGGACAAUGUAUCGGUGGUAGCUGCGGAUGCAGUAAUACUACUACAAGUGGUGCUGCAACUGUGACAGAUGACACAAACUAUGAGGGUUGUAACAAAGGCGGGCAUUGCGGAGUGGAUGCAGAUUGCGCAAAACACUGCCACAGAAGCUGUACACUCACCUGUAGCUGUGGACAGUGCUGGUGUGGCUGCAGUUGA